UCGCGGCAUUCUCUCGCGGUUGGAGGCGGCUUAGUGUUGCGCAGCGCUCGGCGGCGGAGGGUCGGGGUUUUUGUUUUCUUCCUGUGGGCUGACUAGCGCGAGAGGGAGCCCUUGCCCGUUGCCAUGGCGACCGGGCGGCCUUUCCAGCUGGUGGUCUUUGGAGCCUCGGGCUUUACGGGGCAAUAUGUGGUCCAGGAGGUUGCACGGGUGGCCGCCGAGGAUGAACUGCGCGGCUCGCUGUCAUGGGCCGUGGCGGGCAGGGACCGGCAGAAGCUGCAGGCAGUGCUCGACAAAGCGGUCGCGAAGCUGGGGAAGACAGAACUGAAAUCAGAAGUUGGCAUAAUACUGUGUGAUGUCAGUGAUCCAACCUCCCUUGCUAAUAUGGCUAAACAAACAUCUAUUGUUCUGAGCUGUGUAGGCCCAUACAGAUUUUUUGGAGAACCUGUGGUAAAGGCUUGUAUUGAGAAUGGUGCAAGCUUUAUCGACAUCUCUGGAGAACCCCAGUUUCUAGAAGGAAUGUAUCUGAAUUAUAAUGACAAAGCUGCAGAAAAAGGAGUUUAUAUUAUUGGAAGCUGUGGUUUUGACUCUAUUCCAGCAGAUAUGGGAGUAUUGUACACCAGAGAUAAUCUGAAGGGUACCUUAACAGCAGUUGAAAGUUUUCUGACUAUAAAAUCAGGACCAGAGGGUUCUUCUAUUCACGACGGGACCUGGAAAUCAGCUAUAUAUGGCCUUGCUGAUCAAGAUAAUCUGAAGAAAAUUCGACGGCAAAUAGGACAUAAACCACUUCCGGUGACUGGAGCAAAACUUAAGAAAAGAGGUGCAGUAUUUUAUAGUGAUGAACUCAAACAGUAUUCCAUUCCAUUCAUGGGAUCAGAUGUUUCUGUAGUAAAACGUACUCAGCGCUAUUUGCACUCACAACAAGAAAUUCCUGUGCAGUAUGCUGCCUACACCACUGUUGGUGGGAUUGGAUCUGUUAUCAAGUUAAUGUUUGCUGGCCUUUUAUUUUUAAUGCUUGUGAAGUUCAACUUUGGAAGAAAGCUCUUGAUAAAAUAUCCUGAAUUUUUUUCUGGAGGUUAUUUUACAAAGAAAGGGCCGACGGAGAAACAGAUGGAAGAAUCAUCCUUUGAAAUGACAUUUUUUGGUGAGGGAUACAGCACAGGCCAAGAUCCACAGCAAGGGAAACCAAAUGUUAAGAUAUGUACCCAAGUAAAAGGACCAGAGGCUGGUUAUGUUGCUACACCUAUAGCAAUGGUUCAGGCAGCUGUGGCACUUCUGAUGGACAAGAGUUCUCUUCCAAAAAAAGGAGGGGUCUAUACUCCUGGGGCUGCAUUCGCUAAAACAAAACUUAUUGACCGACUGAACAAACAUGGAAUUGAAUUUUCCGUUAUUAGCAAGCCUGAAGUCUGAAGAAACAUUCUGAAGAGACAGCGUGACCAGCAAACCUUUGUGUGGUACUUGUAUACCAAAAAUUAUCAAAUUAAGAAGGGUUGCUAAGUUUAAUAAAAUACUUACUUUUUAAAUAUAUAAUGUGAAUAUCUGUUCUACACUGCUGCUUGAAAUGGUUGAGAGGAAGACAAAUUGGACAUUGGAAAUGUGUAUUAGGAAAUAUUUUAGUGCAGCAGUAGAUAAACUAAUGAAAAGAUAACUAUAUCAAUUAAUUCUGCUAAACCUGUAGUGUCUUUUUAGAAACAAAGGCUUUAUGUUAAAUUCAUCAAACAUACUUUUCAGUAGAAAGCAAAUUCUAUCAAUAUUAAUUUGUAAUCUGUUCAAGUAUUUUUAAAGUAGCAACUAUGAAAGAAGCACUAAUUUUUUUUGUUUGGAGUUCUGAAACUUGUUGUUGAUUAUAAUAUAAAAUCUAUGCCUUAACAGAUCAGAUAUUAGAGACACAAACUGUUUCUGAAAAUGAGUAAUACCCUGAAGAAGGAGAAGGCUGACUAAGUGUCCCUUUAAUUUUGAUUCAGGUUGCUGAAUAUUUCUUCACAGAUAGGCCUCUGGCCAGCUUUUGCUAGCCGUAAUUAAGACUGUAGUUUAUUUUUAACUGGAACUAAGCCCCAUUGAUUGCUAAGUGUUAUUGUCCAGUUGUAUGUGUGUUUAGUUAAACAAGCCUUUUUUGAUACCAAGAAAAAGAAACUAGUUAUGCUUAACUGCCUGGUAGUCUUUUUGCUGUAGCCUGAUUUGGCCCACAAUGUUUUUUCUACACUGCAGAAUGUUAGUGGGAGAAGGCGUCUGUCCUGUUUAAUAGUAUCUUUAUAAACUUAAAUUCUUGUGGCAAAAUAAACAUAACUGAGCAACUGAUAUUAUGGACAUAAACCCAAUGCAGGGGAAAACAGUGAUGUUCUAAUGUAAUGGUACUAACGUGUAAGGACUUCUAGUUGCUGUUUCUCCCCCCCCCCCUUACUGAUAUAAUAAAAAAGGGUGGCAGUUUUAUUUGGUGUGUGUAUCAUUGCUACAGAUUGCUGUAUUAAAAUCCAGCUAUUAUAUCUAGAAUAAUACUGUAUGCAUAGAAUAAAUUAUGCUGUUGUA